CCCGGCAGGUUUCACGGUUCUUUCACUAAGCUUCGAGAAAUUCUAGGGUUCUCAUUUUUUCAAGGGCUUCAAACUUCAAUAAUUCCGUGGAAUAAUUAUUUUCGGUCUGGAAAUGGAGGGCCGGACUACUCUCUCUGAUCUGUAUCAGAGCUCAAGGCGAUUGCUCUUGAGAACCAGAGUUGGAAUUGAAAAGCUUGAACGCCUUGAAUCCACAUCGACCAGCCUUGAUUCCUCUGAAUUAUCAUAUUUUUUGAAGCGAGAUAUCACUCAGAUUCAGGGUCUUUGUGCAGAGAUGGAUCGGCUAUGGCGAUCUGUUGCAGCAAAAGGUCAGAGAGAUCUAUGGAAAAGAAAAGUUGAACAAGUGGCUGAGGAGGUUGACUCUUUGAAGGAUGGCUUGGAUAAAUAUAUGCAGCGGAAUCACAGACGAAUGAUGGAGGCAAAAGAGAGGGCAGAACUUUUGAAAAGAGCCAAUGGAGACAAUGCUCAUGUACUACAAAUCUUUGAUGAGGAAGCACAGGCAAUGCAAUCUGCACACAACUCAUCAAUGAUGCUCGAGGAUGCCUAUGCCAGUGGGGUUGCAAUCCUUUCCAAGUAUGCUGAACAAAGAGAUCGGUUGAAGCGAGCUCAUCGAAAGGCAUUGGACGUGCUGAACACUGUGGGACUUUCAAAUUCAGUGUUGAAGCUUAUUGAGAGGCGGCACCGUGUUGAUAAAUGGAUUGCAUAUGCGGGUAUGAUCUUUACAAUCGUUGUCGUUGUUGCUUUUUGGCGAUGGACACAUUGACCAUGCAUUUGCUUUGGCCCAAGUCAUGUAUUCGUCCUUUCAAUUGUAUCUUCACAGUUCAAAAUUAUAUGUUACACUUGCU